CCCCGUCCCGCGUCUCGUCUAGGUUAGCGGGGGCCCUGGAUCCCGCGCAGGGCCGACCGGGCAGACGCAGCGGAGCCGGAGCCGGCGCGAUGAAGGCACUCAUCUUGGUGGGAGGAUAUGGGACGCGGCUGCGUCCCCUGACACUGAGCACCCCGAAACCACUGGUGGACUUCUGCAACAAGCCCAUCUUGCUGCACCAAGUGGAGGCACUGGCUGCGGCAGGUGUGGAUCACGUGAUCCUGGCCGUGAGCUACAUGUCUCAGGUCUUGGAGAAGGAAAUGAAGGCGCAAGAGCAGAAGUUAGGAAUCCGCAUUUCCAUGUCCCACGAAGAGGAGCCUUUGGGGACAGCUGGUCCUCUGGCACUGGCUCGUGAUUUGCUGUCCGAGACCGAAGACCCUUUCUUCGUCCUCAACAGUGAUGUGAUCUGUGAUUUCCCCUUCCAAGCCAUGGUGCAGUUCCAUCGGCACCACGGCCAGGAGGGCUCCAUCGUGGUGACCAAGGUGGAGGAGCCCUCCAAGUACGGCGUGGUGGUGUGUGAGGCCGACACGGGCCGCAUCCACCGCUUCGUGGAGAAGCCGCAGGUGUUUGUGUCUAACAAGAUCAACGCGGGCAUGUACAUUUUGAGCCCUGCAGUGCUGCGGCGCAUCCAGCUGCAGCCCACGUCCAUUGAGAAGGAGGUCUUCCCCAUCAUGGCCACAGAGGGGCAGCUCUAUGCCAUGGAACUGCAGGGCUUCUGGAUGGACAUUGGGCAGCCCAAGGAUUUCCUCACUGGCAUGUGCCUCUUCCUGCAGUCACUGCGACAGAAGCAGCCUGAGCGACUUUGCUUGGGCCCUGGUAUUGUUGGCAACGUGUUGGUGGACCCAAGUGCCCGCAUUGGCCAGAACUGCAGCAUUGGCCCUAACGUGAGCCUGGGCCCUGGCGUGGUGGUGGAGGACGGAGUGUGUAUCCGGAGGUGCACGGUGCUGCGGGACGCCCACAUCCGCUCCCACUCUUGGCUUGAGUCCUGCAUUGUGGGCUGGCGCUGCCGUGUGGGCCAGUGGGUGAGCCAGGAGCUGGGCCAGGUGGGCAGGGAGGUAGGGCAUGCACAAGCCCCACUGACAGACAGUCUGUGCCUCCCCCUCCAGGUGCGAAUGGAGAAUGUGACGGUGCUCGGGGAGGACGUCAUCGUUCACGAUGAGCUCUACCUCAAUGGGGCCAGCGUGCUGCCCCACAAGUCUAUUGGCGAGUCAGUGCCAGAGCCUCGCAUCAUCAUGUGAGGGUGUGCUGUGGGGCUGGUGGAGCCCCCCUUGCCCAUCAGCCAGGGGACCACUGGCUCUGCACAGAAGUGCCCUGGACUCGCUGCCACGUGCCUGGGGUGGACUGGAUGGUGAACACCUGCCUCCUCAUGUGGGUGCUGCCUCCUCACCUGGCAGGCUCCCCACUGGGCAAACCCCACAUCCCCCACUCAAGAAGCCCGGGGCAAGGGCUGUAUGGAAUAAUAAUUUAAUGCUCACUGUG